AUGCCGGGAGGAUUUAAGUGGGAGGUGCAAUAUGCGAAGAGGAAGAGUAGGAAAGGAAGGGCAAUGGGUGGAAUUAUAACGGGGGUGAGAAAAGGGAUAAGAAUAGAAGGAAAGGGUAGAACGGAUAAAGGGGGAAUGCUGGAGGUGAUGAUAGAAAGAGAGGGGGAGAGAUGGAGGUUGGUGGGAGUGUACAUUAACGGAGAUUUGGAGGAGAAACUAGAGGAGAUGAACGAGUGGAUGGAGGAAGAGGGAGACAGGGUCAGAACGAUAAUAGGGGGGGAUUUCAAUGCAAGAACGGGAAAUUUAGGGGGAGGAAUAGUGAUGGGGGAGGAUGAGGGAGAAGAGGGAAAGGGGAGAAAAUCAAAGGAUACAAAGGUAAAUGGGGAAGGGAGAAGAUUGGUGGAAAAGUUGAAGGAGAGGGGGUGGGCGAUAAUGAAUGGAGGAGUAACAGGAGAUGAGGAAGGGGGGUGGACGUAUAUGGGGCCGAAGGGGAGAUCGGUAAUUGAUUACGUGAUAGGGAAUGAGAAAGUUAGAGAGGAAAUUACGAAGUUAGAAAUAGGAGACAGGGUGGACUCGGACCACAUGCCGGUGGUAAUAUGGAUCAGAGGGAAAGGAGGAGGAGGGGAAGGAAAAGGGAUAAAGAGGAAAAGGAGAUGGAGCUGGACGAAGGAGGGGAAGGAGAAAUUUAGGGAGAGGAUAGGGGAAAUAUGGGAGAAGCAAAGGGACGAACAAGAAGAGAAAGGGGUGGAGGGGGAGUGGGAAGAGAAGAAAAGGAAGAUACAGGAAGUGCUAGACAAGGGGAAAGAGGGGGAAGGAAAGGAGAGGAGAGAGAAAAAGAGAGGGUGGUUUGACGGGGAGUGUAGAAGAGAGAAGGGGGAGGUGGCAAAGGAAUUGAAAAGGUGGAAGAGGAUAGGGGGGAAAGGGGAAGAAUACAGAAAAAGAAAAAAAGAGUACAAGAGAUUAUGUAGGAAGAAGAAAGAGGAGGAUAAUGUGGAGUGGACGAGGAAGGCAAUGGAAGCAAGGACGGAGGGACAGGUAUGGGAGGUGGUUAGGAGGGAAAGGGGGAAAGGCAAAGGAGGAAUGGGAGGAGGGAUUGAGAUAGAAGAGUGGAACAGAUAUUUUAGGGAGUUAUUAGGGGGGGUAGAAUCGAGAGUAGUAAUGAGAGGAAAUAGGAUGGAGAAGGGGAGGGAAGAAGACCAGAUAGAAAAGGGAGAAAUUAGGAGGGCGAUAGGCAGGUUAAAGGAAAGAAAGGCGCGGUGGGGGUGGAUGGGAUACCGGGAGAAGUGUGGAAAUAUGGAGGGGAGGGAAUUGAGAAGUGGGUAUGGGAGAUAUGCAAUAGGAUAUGGAAGGGGGAAGGGUGGAUUGGGGAAUGGAGUGAGGGGCUGA